AUGGAUCUUAAAGCCUUGAAAAAAAGAAAAACUGCUGUUAAAGCCAGUUUAACAAAAUUAAGGGAGAAAAUUAACAGUAGUAUUGAUUGUGCAGAUGCCACAGAAUUGGAAUUCUUCAAAAUAAAAAUUCAAAAAUCUAGUGAAGAUAUUACUUCUGUGUUCAAUAAUAUUUUUGAUUUAUCUGAAGAAUCGGAACUUGAUUCUUAUAUUACUGAGCUACAAAGUCAAUGCGAUAUAAUUGACGAAUUACUUCUUGUAGUCUGUAGAGCCAUUUCUAAGAACAGUUCUGUUGUUGUAAAAAAUGAAAACCCAGAUACAAGAGGUUGGUGGGAACGUUCAAUAGAAGGAGAUAGUAUUCCAAAACUGGAUGAAUUAUUAGAAUUUUUAAAAUCUCAUUCAAGGACACUGCAAACUAGUAAACAACAGGGCAAUAAAAAGCUAAAUGUUCAUCAAAAGGUGUCAACAUUCACAUCAGAAAUCCAUUCACUUAGUGUUUAUUGCAAGGCUAAGCAUUCUUUAAUUAAGUGUAAUAAAUUUUUGAAUUUAAGUGUUCAAGACCGUGUUACUUUUGUGAAGAAAAAUAAUGUGUGCUUCAAUUGUUUACUUUCAAAUCACAGAGUAUCGCAGUGUAAGAGUGUUUAUAAAUGUAAAAAAUGUGCUAAAAAUCAUCACACCUUGCUUCAUUAUAAUCAGUCUGAGAACAACUCUGAAGUUAAUUAUCAAGGUGCGAGUAAUUCAAAUACAUUAUCAGCCAGUGCUAAGGUAUUAUUGUGUACUGCAAUCAUCAAGGUAGUAGAUUCUUCUGGAGAGUUGCAACUUUGUCGAGCGUUACUCGACCCUGGUAGCCAAGCCAGCUUCAUACCUGAGGAUUGUUUACAGAGGUUAAUCUUAUCUAGAAAAAAAGCUAAAUUUCUCAUAUCGUGCCUUGGAUCAUCAGAUGCUAAAACUAAUGGAAUUUCAAAAAUCAAAUUUGUCCCACAUUUCACUAAUAAGUUAUCAUUCACCACUCCCGUAUUUGUGAUAAACAAAAUUAUUGGAGAAUUACCACAUAUAACUCUGAGUAAAGAGUUUGUUGAACAAUUUAGCGAUCUCACUUUAGCAGAUCCAACAUUUUUUAAAAAUGGACCAAUUGAUAUUCUAUUAGGAGUAGACAUUUCCAUGCCAAUGUUCAGAGGAGAAACCAUCCAGGGAGGCGAAAAUAUGCCAUAUGCAUCUCGCUCUGAUUUAGGGUGGAUUAUUUCAGGUAGUGUUAACUUUCCUGCGACGGGGAAUCAUACUAUUCAAGUGAAUAAUAUUCAGUUAGAAACACAAGAGAUGCUAACUAAUUUUUGGAAAUUAGACUCUGUGCCUGAAAUUUCUAGUUUAACUAAACUAGAACAAGACUGUGAGAAUCAUUUUUUAUCUACAUUUUCGAGAGAUAAUAACGGUAUUUAUACGGUAAAAUUACCCUUCCAUUCAUCUCCAGAGUUGCUUGGUGAGUCUAGACAAGUAGCAGUUUGCAGAUUUAAAUCGUUGGAGAAAUCAUUAUCAUCUAAGCCUGAGGUGCACGAGCAGUACAAGAACUUUAUUAGUGAAUACUAUAGCUUAGGACACAUGGAAAUGGUCCCUAAUAACGAGGUGUUUAGUGAUUCAUCCUAUUAUUUACCCCAUCAUGGUGUAGUAAAAGAAUCGAGUUCUACUACCAAAUUAAGAGUCGUUUUUGAUGCUUCUGCGAAAUCAACCUCAGGUCUUUCGUUGAAUGAUCUUUUGAUGACAGGGCCAAGAAUUCAACAAGAACUCUUCCCUAUUCUCCUUCGCUUUAGAACAUUAGUAACGGUUACAUAUGGAACUGCGAGCGCCCCAUUUUUAUCUACAAGAGUAAUGAAACAGUUAGCUUUAGAUGAAAAGGACAACUUUCCCUUAGCGACUGACGUUGCUAUUCGUGAUUUUUACGUUGAUGACCUUCUUUCAGGAGCCCAAAGUGAAGAAACAGCCAAACUCGUGGCCAAACAAAUGUUUGAGAUGAUGUUGAAGGGAGGUUUUACGCUGAGAAAAUGGCUUUCAAACGUGCCAAAUGUUUUAGAGGGCAUUCCCGAAAGGUUUAGAGAAAAUAAUACUUCUGUAGAGAUCAAUUGUGACACAAGAGUUAAGGUUUUAGGAAUUCAGUGGCAACCAUCUACAGAUACGUUUCAUUUCACUGACUCCAUUGAUAUCGAGAAGCCAUGCACUAAGAGAAAUAUUCUUUCUGAGAUUGCCAAAAUUUUUGAUCCUAUGUGA